AUGGUCAAAGUCGCAGAGAACCGAGUCAUCGAUCUCGACGUCUUCCCGGGCGAUCCAAAGGGCGACAGGCUCUCGCAGCAAACAAAAGCUGCAAUCGCUGGCAAAAUCCCACAAGACCAAGCCCAAGGAGUCUCCUCUAAUACCCAAAGCGCCGUUGCUGCUCUUGGAGGUACCGUGGGAGGCGGUGUAAAAGGACUGGUCGACACUGUUGGAAACACCGUUGGAUCUCUCGGUGAAGGCGUGGUCGGGACCGUCCAGGGCGUUGGAGACGGCCUGGGCAGUACUGUACAGUUUGCUGGAGGUGCAGUAGGUGCAGGUGCUGGCAAAAUAGGCAACAUGUUCGCAGGCGAGAACAAGCAGGGCAGUCAAGAGGCGAAGGAGGCCCACAAGGAGAGAUUGGAGCAAGCUACAGACAAGACCAAGGAGAUCGGCGGAGAGGUAGCAAAAUCAGUCGAGGAACACAGCAAGCAGGCCACCAACGCCGCCAAAGAGAGUGGUGAAGGCACCAAGGAUGCUGUUGCUGGAAUGGCAGAAAAUAGUAAAGAGAAGGUGGCGGGAGUGUCUUCAUCCUCGUCAUGA